AUGGCAGUCGACUCAGAACACCCAGUGAAGUUUCCUAAGCGAUUAACGCCUCUCAAAUAUGGUUCAGCUCGUGUCAUAUAUGAUGCAGACGUCCAGCACGAAGGCAUAUUCGAGUCAAAACGUCGCGCGAACACCGUUGAACUACGUGAGUCGACGCUCUGUGGUACUCUCCCUGGGACUAUCCAACCUUUCCUUAUUACAGCGACGUUAUUCCCUCGAAAACCAGGUCGUCUCAACCUUGAUGCCGCCAAGACGGACAGGAAGUGGCGUCCGAACACCGACCGACUGCAAGCGCGGCGUGGUCGCACCGCAAAUCUCGCCGAAGCUGUUGGCUCCGUUCGAAUACCCAACAUUUCAGUCCCGUGUUUUCAGGUCGUACGCAGCUUCGUGAAGAGUGCCAGAACUCCAGGCUCUGCAGGUAGUGCCAAAGGAAAGGAACCGUACUUCGAAAUCCUCACUCCAGCUGCCUUUGACUUGACUUUCGAGAAGACUGUGGAAUCUGACGAUGGGGACAGCGACGCCACGAGCGGUGCUAUUACUCUGGAAGACGACUCCACGUCCUUAGGUGAAUCGUUGAAUCUCCCUCCCAGUCCCGAUGAAUUCUCGUUCCCUGAGGAACGGCUUCCCAAUCCCCACUCCACGGCGAACUCUCCUAUAUCACUCAUGGAAGGAUCCCUUCGAGAUUCUUUUCAUGAUACUGAAUCCUCAUCUGCUGCACGGCCAGUUGAGCAUUUGAGCACCGACGCGACAAUUACAGCACACACAACUCGGGCCCCAGUCCCAAAGCCUCCUUUGCGACUAGGACCACCCGCUCAGUCUCCACCUGUUUCCACCAACGCUCCUCUGAGAAAGGUCCCACGCCCACUCCCGACCCCACCCAUCGCCCCAAGUCGUUACGAUUCUUCACGUACAGUGAUGCCGAAAGCCUUACCCCCAGAGCGUGGGCUCCCACCGCUUCCAAGUCGUCGAGGGCACACACAACCUGUUAAUUGA